AUGAACACAGAAGAAAGCGUGCACACUCUCCCAGACGGCCUUGAGCUGUAUGCCAAGACAUGGAAGACAAGCGAAUCCCCACUUGCUGUCCUGGCCUUUAUUCAUGGCUUCAGUGACCACUACUCCCUAGGCAAUGCCUACCACGAUCUGUUUCCAACACUGGUCUCGGCAGGUAUUGAGGUCAGGUCUUUCGAUCAGCGAGGAUGGGGCCGCAGCGUCAAAAAAUCCCGCGACCAGGGCGACACAGGCCCAACCUCUCUAGUUCUUGCAGACAUCCACUCUUUCCUGCAAAGCCUGCCAUCCCGCCCUGACUUGCCCCUCUUCCUAAUGGGCCACAGCAUGGGCGGCGGACAAGUCUUGAACUACAUUUUCCACCCAGAGUCACCUUACAACGAAGACAAAGCCAGCCGACCCAAUCUCAGCGGCGUACUUCUGUACUCCCCUCUAGUCGCCAUCCAUCCAUCAUCCCGGCCCUCAAAGCUGACCAUCGUAGCGGGACGGAUGGUCGCAAAGCUGAUCCCCCAUAUGCAGCGUUACUCCCCACUUGAUGCGAACUUGCUGUCUCGUGACAAGGACACAGUCAAGGAGUUCGUGGAUGAUAAGCUGUGCCAUGAUACGGGGACUUUGGGGGGAUUGGCCGGCAUGUUGGAUCGCGGUAUUUGGUUGGAGGGGAUGUUUGAGGCUGGGGAUGGGGCUUGGGUGAAGAGUGACCUGCCAUUUUGGUUUGGGCAUGGAGAUGGGGAUCUUAUUACUAGUUAUUCUGCGACGAAGGACCUUGCUGAGAAGUUGACGGAGAAGGGUGGGGAUGUGACCUUUUGUUCUUAUGAGGGGGCUUAUCAUAAGUUGCAUGCUGAGUUGCCUGAGACCACGAACAAGUUUUUUGCGGACGUGAAGGCUUUUAUUUUGGAUAAAGUGCCUAAGACGGAGGGAACGGUUGUUCAGAAUGAGGAAGAGGGUGUUCCACGCGUUGAGGGAGAAGGCAUAGACCCUGCCGCUCAAGGAGAUGUGGAGACCGAGGAUAAAGCAAAGCUGUGA